AGCGAGAUUUGACUAAAGAGCCAAACAUCUUUUUAAUCAUCUUUUCUGUGAUUUUGACUUUAGACCACACCAACACAACACACUUCAUGGAAGCUUUAUUCCUGACAACAUGUCAACUUGUUGCUAUAAAUGGCCAGCACGGGAGAGUCUUUUUGGAAGACACCAUUUCCGGCGCACGGAGGGGUGUUUCCCCGCGUACACCGACACUGCCAACUUUGCAGCCUAAAUGUCCUCGGCCCACAGAAACCUGCGUGGGUGUACACGUCACCUUCUGUGGAUGUACCGGCUGGCCGUGGGAAGAGUGUCGGCGUCAAAGCGGAGCUUUGUGACGGCGAAAAGGAGCAGCGCCCCCCCCCCCCCUGCCGCCAUACUUGGUAGAGUCCGCUGUCAGGGUGGGGAGAGAGAGAGAGAGAGAGAGGACAGAGAGAGAGAGGAGCGGGCAGCAGAAAGCAGGAGUCAGAUAAUGUAAUAUAAUGUAAUGUGAAGUAAGAUAAUGUAAGGUAAUGUAAGGGAAGGGAAGAAGAGUGAUCGUCACACGGCCACCAACAUGACAACAUGACGCCCAGCUGCCCUUUUCUCCUUCAACCAGGAGCCAGCAGCUAGACCUGUUUGCUGAAGAGACUUGGACAAGAAGUCAGCAAGUUGAAGACACUUUGGGAUUGUUGCUCCCCUUUUUCCUUCUUUGGAUCUUUCACUCUGGACUUCUCCCGUUUGACUUCUCCCGUCUGACUUCUCCAGUCUGACUUCUCCCGUUUGACUUCUCCCGUUUGACUUCUCCCAUCUGACUUCUCCCAUCUGACUUCUUGGAUUUUGACGUCUGGACUUCUUGGAUUUGACGUCUCAGUUGCGGACUUCUUCAAGUGAACGUGUGCUGGCUGGGAAACAAGCAGGUCCGUUGGAGUUCCCCUUCAAAAUCCAGACGAGGCAAAGCGAGGACUAAUCUUGGCACCUGGACCUAUUUUUACCUGCUGGAGGGAUGGGGUAAAAGCAGAAACCAACUCCCCCUCCUUGUCCAGCAGCCCACCUCGCAGCAUGGCGGGUGGGCUUUGUUCCAGGGACUUGCAGCUCCUCAAAUGGAUUCACAAGAUCAAGGCAGCAAGUUUGUGUUGAAGCACUUGGAAUACCUUCUGGACUGGAUCUUAGUUCCUUGGAUAUGUGUGCUGGACUGCUGCUUUGCUGCUAGGGGUGAACGCCAUCCACAGGAGGACCUCCUUCCUCUGGUCUACCCUAAACAAAGUUCAUAUGCCAUGCACAGGAGGACCUCCUUCCUCUGGACUACCCUAAACAAAGUUCAUAGGCCAUUCAUAGGAGGACCUCCUUCCUCUGGUCUACUCUAAACAAAGUUCAUAGGCCAUCCACUGGAGGACCUACUUCCUCUGGACUACCCUAAACAAAGUUUCUUAGGCCAUUCAUAGGAGGACCUCCUUCCUCUGGUCUACCCUAAACAAAGUUCAUAGGCCAUCCACAGGAGGACCUCCUUCCUCUGGUUUACCCUAAACAAAGUUCAUAGGCCAUCCAUAGAAGGACCUCCUUCCUCUGGUCUACCCUAAACCAAGUUCAUAGGCCAUCCACAGGAGGACCUCUUUCCUCUGGUCUACCCUAAACAAAGUUCAUAGGCCAUCCAUAGAAGGACCUCCUUCCUCUGGUCUACCCUAAACAAAGUUCAUAGGCCAUCCACAGGAGGACCUCCUUCCUCUGGUUUACCCUAAACAAAGUUCAUAGGCCAUCCACUGGAGGACUUCCUUCCUCUGGACUACCCUAAACAAAGUUCAUAGGCCAUCCAUAGAAGGACCUCCUUCCUCUGGUCUACCCUAAACAAAGUUCAUAGGCCAUCCACAGGAGGACCUCCUUCCUCUGGUCUACCCUAAACAAAGUUCAUAGGCCAUCCAUAGAAGGACCUCCUUCCUCUGGACUACCCUAAACAAAGUUCAUAGGCCAUCCACAGGAGGACCUCCUUCCUCUGGACGACCCUAAACAAAGUUCAUAGGCCAUCCACAGGAGGACCUCCUUCCUCUGGUCUACCCUAAACAAAGUUCAUAGGCCAUCCAUAGAAGAACCUACUUUCUCUGGUCUACCCUAAACAAAGUUCAUAGGCCAUCCACAGGAGGACCUCCUUCCACUGGACUACCCUAAACAGAGUUCAUAGGCCAUCCACAGGAGGACCUCCUUCCUCUGGACGACCCUAAACAAAGUUCAUAGGCCAUCCAUAGAAGAACCUACUUCCUCUGGUCUACCCUAAACAAAGUUCAUAGGCCAUCCACAGGAGGACCUCCUUCCUCUGGACGACCCUAAACAAAGUUCAUAGGCCAUCCAUAGAAGGACCUACUUCCUCUGGUCUACCUAAAGAAAGUUCCAUUCAACCCUGACAAACCAAAAAUGAUCUUAUCCUCAUCCUGCAGGGAAACAUAACACCUUCUCAUCCAGAGCUCCACAAAGUGUUCCAAUCUUUAUAUUUGUAAGUCCUACGGAACACCACUUGGUUGCCUUAGAAACCACGCUAACGGGGGAGAAAUCUCACAGAGACGGUGCCUUUGGAUUUGACUCGCCACCUUUUGGAGAUUUACCCAGUCAGCAAGUGUGGGGUGGAACACACCUGAUGGAGGCUGCACACCGCUGGCAUUGACUUGGCGUUCCCUUCUGGAUUGAGCAUUGGCCAAGCGUUUCCAUGGUGAUCACAUCAUCGGUGGAGGACAAGACCGCUCCCCCCUGCAGGAUGGUCCAAUCACAGCCCUGGAUCACCUCUGCCCUGCAUCGCGACAACAAAAGUGGAAGCAGCUCAGGAUGUCCGCCCACCACCACCGCCUCCUCCUCCUCCUCCUCCUCCUCCUCCUCCUCUACUGCCCAGGGCUUCUCCCUCGCUGAGCCAGCCAUGACCAGCCAGCACUCGCACACACACCCCUCCUUUAGCUCCAUCCACUCCAUGGCCGAGCAGCAGCAGGUGCUGUCUGACAUGACCAUACUCCAGCGGAGGAUCCCCCCCACCUUCCGAGAGCCCGCCACUGCCCCCUUGAGGAAACUCUCUGUAGACCUCAUCAAGACUUACAAGCACAUCAAUGAGGUGUACUACACCAAGAAGAAGAGGCGGGCCCAGCAGGUAGCUCCAGCAGAAGACAGCAGCAGCAAGAAGGAGAGGAAGGUGUACAACGAGGGUUAUGAUGAUGACAACUAUGACUACAUGGUGAAGAAUGGAGAGAAGUGGCUGGACCGCUAUGAGAUCGACUCCUUGAUUGGCAAGGGCUCCUUUGGACAGGUGGUGAAGGCGUACGACCACCAUGAGCAGGAGUGGGUGGCCAUCAAGAUCAUCAAGAACAAAAAGGCUUUCCUCAACCAGGCUCAGAUUGAACUUCGCCUUUUGGAGCUGAUGAACAAACAUGACACUGAGAUGAAAUAUUAUAUCGUCCACCUGAAGCGUCACUUUAUGUUUAGGAACCAUCUUUGUUUGGUCUUUGAGUUGUUGAGCUACAAUUUGUAUGAUCUGCUGAGGAACACCAACUUCAGAGGAGUCUCUCUCAACCUCACUCGCAAGUUUGCACAGCAGCUCUGUACAGCACUAUUAUUCCUGGCCACACCAGAACUGUCCAUCAUCCACUGCGACUUGAAACCAGAGAACAUCCUGCUGUGUAACCCCAAGAGGUCUGCCAUCAAGAUCGUGGACUUUGGAUCGUCCUGCCAGUUGGGCCAGAGGAUCUACCAGUACAUCCAGAGCAGGUUCUACCGCUCCCCUGAGGUCCUUCUGGGAAUGCCCUACGACCUGGCCAUCGACAUGUGGUCUCUGGGAUGCAUCCUGGUGGAGAUGCACACGGGAGAACCCCUCUUCAGUGGUUCUAACGAGGUUGACCAGAUGAACAAGAUCGUAGAAGUUCUGGGCGUGCCUGCCAGUCACAUGUUGGAUGCUGCUCCUAAAGCCAGGAAGUAUUUUGACAAGUUGUCAGACGGUCUGUGGACUGUCAAGAAGAACAAGGACAUCAAGAAGGAGUACAAGCCCCCAGCCACGCGGCGUCUUCACGAGAUCCUGGGUGUGGAGACCGGAGGUCCUGGGGGGCGGAGAGCAGGAGAGGCAGGACACGCCCCCUGUGACUACCUGAAGUUUAAAGACCUGAUCCUGCGCAUGCUGGACUACGACCCCAAGAGCCGCAUCACUCCUUUCUACGCCCUGCAGCACAACUUCUUCAAGAAGACCACCGAUGAAGGAACCAACACCAGUUCCUCCACAUCCACCUCCCCUGCCAUGGACCACUCCCAUUCCACCUCUACUACCAGCUCUGUUUCUAGCUCUGGUGGCUCCAGUGGUUCCUCCAAUGACAACCGCAACUAUCGCUACAGCAACCGCUACUACAACUCUGCUGUGACACAUUCAGACUACGAGAUGACCAGCCCUCAGCAGAUGAGGAUGUGGCCCAGCAGCAGCGACGGAGGAGGCGGAGUCGGAGGCGGGGCCCAGGAGGGCGGGGCCUACACGCAGCUGCUGCUCCAUAAGCCCGCCCCCUCCCAGCAGCACCAGCGUCACUUCCUGGAGCAGCCCCACCCCCACCACCCCCACCCCACCUACGCCCACCACGGCAACGGCGGGCGCCUGCGGCAGAGCGGACAGAGCGCGGCGGCGGGCGGCGGCCAGCAGGGGGCGUCGCCCCAGAUGAGCGACAGCAUGGAUGUGGGCGUGUCCCUGGGGCUUCACCACCUGGGGGCGGUGUCUUCCAUGGAGGCGUCUCAGUUCGGCUCCGCCUCCCUGCCCGUGGGACUGUCGGCCUUCCGGACUCGCACGGCCCCCGCCGCCCCGGGGCCGCAAGCCCCGCCCCCCGAGGACUACUACCCCGCCUCCAACAACAAUAACCUGGCGGCGGGCGCCCGAGGGAGGCCGGACUCGGACGAGGGAGUGGCCAACUCUUGAUAAAAGCUCAAGUGCGCCCUAAAGCCAUAGCCGGACGCCAUCUUCUUGUGGCUGGGACUGCAUGACGGGAGAGGAGGAUGCUGGGAAAUCUUCUCAUCGCUCGCUUUCUUUCGCCAACAUGUCAGCCCGGGGGAGGGGAGGGGAGCGAGGAGGAGGAGGAAGAAAAGUUGAUGUUUGUAGAAAGCGGAGGAGGAGGAGGGGAAGUUGAUGUUUGUUGAAUGAUGGAGGAGGAGGAGGCGGGCCAUUGAGGACUCUUCAGUGUCAUGGCGAGAGAGAGAGAGAGGACUCCUCCCCCUCUCCGUGCUGCUAUCACCAUGACAACAAGUCGGUUGCUGCUAACAUCCACACAGAAGACUUUGACAUGUCAAUGUAUUUAUUACUAUUUAACUCCUUUGUUUGGUUGCCUUCUUUCUGCAGGUGAGCUCUGAUUGGCCGCAGUCAAGCCACAGCAACCAAUGACAGGUUGCGGGGGCGGGGCUAGGGUUGGGGGGAAAAUCCAGUUGGAUAUAUAAUAAGAAUAAAGAGUAUA